AUAUAAAUCUUCUGGUGAUCAGUACAUAAACUAUUUCAAGAAAAUAACAAGAAGUUAUAAAUGGCUUCUUCAAGAUUUUUGACUUCUGUUUCCUUCAUCGUAUUACUCUUAUUAUUCCUCCAUGUCUCCAAGAUCAAGGCUCACGGCGGUGGCCACGAUGAUGACGACGGUGACAGCGCUGACGCUGGGGGCGUCGACCAUGCAGACUUGCACUCGAAAGGGCUGAUUCUUGUAAAAGUAUGGUGUCUGAUAAUCCUGUUUGUGAGCACAUUUGCAGGCGGAGUUUCCCCAUAUUUCUACAGAUGGAACGAGAGUUUUCUUUUGCUGGGCACUCAAUUUGCAGGGGGUGUUUUCUUGGGCACAGCUUUAAUGCAUUUCUUGAGCGAUUCAGCCUCUACUUUCGGCGAUCUUACUUCAAAAGAAUAUCCAUUUUCUUUCAUGUUAGCAUCGGCAGGUUACCUUUUCACCAUGUUGGGAGACUGUGUAAUAGCGUAUGUUGUGAACGGUGGUGAAAGAGACGUUAGAGUGGAAAUUGAAGGCGGCACAGCGGUGGCGGAGGGAGGCGGAAAAGAGGUGGGAACGAAUUUUAAUCCAGCUUUUAUAAGGACAUCAUCUGUGGGGGAUACUAUACUUCUUAUUCUGGCAUUGUGUUUCCACUCAGUUUUUGAGGGCAUUGCUGUUGGAGUAGCAGAUACAAAGUCAGAUGCAUGGAGAAAUCUUUGGACAAUUUCCCUUCACAAGAUCUUUGCAGCCAUUGCAAUGGGAAUCGCACUUCUAAGAAUGAUACCCAAAAGGCCAUUCUUAGCAACAGCAGCUUAUUCAUUUGCCUUUGCCAUUUCAAGCCCUGUUGGGGUUGGAAUUGGCAUUGCCUUAGAUGCCACUACACAAGGGCGCACAGCUGAUUGGAUCUACGCUAUUUCAAUGGGAAUUGCUUGUGGGGUUUUCGUAUAUGUUGCUAUAAAUCAUCUUAUAUCAAAAGGGUUUAAACCGCAGGAAAAUUGUUAUUUUGAUACCCCAUUUUUCAAGUUUCUUGCGGUGCUUAUAGGAGUGGGAGUAAUAGCAGUUGUUAUGAUAUGGGAUUAGUAAUCACUUUUAAGUGCUGAAAAUUGAUUUUUACAUUCUUCAAAGAUUAAUCUUGUUUGAGCUUGUAUUGAAUAAACAAAUUUUAUAAUUUAGGGUCUGUAAUCGGUAUAUGUGUGUUCUUUUCUUUAGUGAGGGGAAUCGAUGUUGAGCAUGAAGGAAUAUACAAGUCCGUUGAUAUAGAAAAAAUGAAAUAAUUUCUUUCGUGCA